ACUUCUGCUGCUAGCGUUACUCAUUUUAGGGAUGCUAUCGGCUAGCCAUCAUGCUAACAUCUGUGAGCUAGGAUCUAUUGUGAUCAUUCAGCCUAAUAACCUUGAUGGGAGUAUUUUUGAGUGAUAUGGUUUGAGUACUUACACCAUUUAUUUGAACUAAACAAACAUAAUGUGUAAAAUGUUGGAGAUUUGACUAUGAGAAUGGAGGCAAAUAAUCAUUUCAACUAUGGCUCCCACUCCUCAGCAAACUCAGGACUGAAACUCUCCUCAGGGGAAUCUCCAUACACAAACGGGUCCUCCACGAGUUUCCCACAGCAGGGCAAGAACCUGAAUGGGGAACUAAAUGUGAAUGGCAUCUCUACUGUAGUUGGAUCUGGUGUGUCUGGUUCCCAACAACAAACCGCUUCUUACCCACAUCUGAGCAACCUCCAUCAGAGUAGCCGUGGUUAUGAGUAUCUGUGGGGAGGACACCCUCAGUACGGUCCACUGGGCUCCCCGCACGGCCAUCAGAAGCAGCCCUCCCCCAGCUUAGGCCAGCCUCACUAUCAGAGCCGUGGACAAUAUCAGUUAAAUGGUAGAAUUGAAGGCUCCCACCAGCCCCCUGGAGUAGGUCCCCCUAACAUGCCUAUCAGUGCGGGGCAGUAUUGGAAUAGCAGCUCACAGCAUCUUAACUUUAGUUCCCAUAACCUUUACGGGGCAUACCAGAGUCAGGCCCAUCACCAGCAGCAGUCUGCACAGAGUUCCUCCUCCUCACAGCUCCAUGCUCAGCGCCGCCCGCUCCACCCACAGCAGCAGCAUUACGGCCUCAUGCCCAAUGGGAUGCCCUACUACCAGCACCCGCCGUCCCAGCCCCAAAACCAGGCUCAGAUUCUGCCCUCUGUUGGACAGAGUUAUACCCCUCCUCAUGGCAGCUCUUUAACUGUGUCUUCACCGUCUGUGAGGUCACCAUUGUCCACUAAAGACAGUGUCUCACCCCAGAGGCCCAGCAGAGACCGAAGUCCUGACACAAACAAAGCAGGAGCAUCCACAGUUCUACAAGUACAUACAGAUGGUGAUAAAACCUCCAGUGACACGGAAAGGCCAAGUCUGAAGAAUAAUGAUGACCAACCCAAAGAAGCUGCUUCACAUUUAGAAGAUUAUAGUCCAAACUCUGAAAUACUCACAGUUCAAUCUUCUGAUAUUCCCUCCCCAAAGAAGGAGCCAGCAGCUAAAGUACCACCAGAGACCAGCUUUCCCACUGCAGCUGCACUGUCCUCUCUUCAACACUCUCUUUCCCCCAAACCCGCUGUUCAGUCUUCAGCAGAAUCAACUUCCAAACAAGUUACUCCAUCACAAAUGUCUCCCUCUCUAACUGAUUCCCUCACACAUUCCUCUGCUCCUUUUCCCUCUGUUCUCGCUGGUAGGAUAGAAAUGGCUGAUGAAGCAACAGCAAAUAUGUCCUUAGAUUCUUCCAACACUGUCACUGGAUCAUCCCCAGGUAGAUCAUUCUUUUCAUCCAUGUUACAACAAACAAAAGGUACCUCUGGGUCACAGGUGUCCAAUCCAGCUAGCUCCUCCUCUUUAGGUUUAACACCCUUGUCAACUCUUCCAAAAAACACACAAGGUUCUACAGUUCCUCAGAAGACUGCAUGCUUCCCAGAUUCCACAGACAGUAUGCAUGAGAAAUUCCCAGCUCAAUCUUCUGCUAACUCGUCUGUCUCUGUGAUUGCACGUACAGAAGGGCCCUCUACCUUAGCACAAGCCAAGGCAACAUCUCUGCAGUAUGACGUAGCAAGCGCACCUCCACAUCCACCCCCCAGCUUAGUUAGUGCUAUGCCAAUGUCUCCAUCAACUGAAACACAUAGAAUUUCUUCAGCAGGAAAUGAUAGCUCUACAGCCCGACCUCUGUCCACCCUACCUCGUUUAACCACUCAAGCCUCCAGGACUGCACCAGUGUCCGCCCCACCCGACUCAGUGUCUGUGCCUCACACGAAGGGUACCACAUCUGGAGUGAUUCAAAAUUUCGAGUCUCGUAAUGCAACUCCAACCCAAUUUCACCACCAUGAAGACAGGGGAGAGCUGGUAACUUCAGACGGCAUGUACGAUAGAAACAUCUCUCAUUUAGAUGGAACUGCACAAAGAAUAAAGUAUAAUUUAAAAACUCCUGAGAAACCUGAUCUUCCAGCACAGCAUUUGACGACGAUGAUCUCUCCUGUUCACAAACCCCAUGAUGGGCAAACCUCAAUUGACCACAUGCAAAGAGCUUUCGGGUCCGAAGGCUCCGCUGUUAUUCAAGGUCGACUUCCUCACAGCUCAAGGAUUUCAUAUCUGUCCAAUGAAAGUGCAUAUUUAGACAGCUCAUACUUAGAAGAUUCAAAAAAAUCCUCCCUUCUGGACACCUCUGAUGACCUGUCUACUGCUUAUAACACAAGAGACAGCAGCUUCUCAGCCAAUGAAACAAGAGAUCAUGCCUUUGCCUCCACUGCAUUGGAGUCCUCUCAGAGUUUCCUCGGAGCCGAGUCCUCUCUAAACAGUACCUCACAAAUGGAAGAGCCCUCUAUUGGGACUGAUGUGUCCAUGUCACACCCGUAUAUGUCAUCACAGCAAAGUCAUCAAGGUUACAUAGAGCAGUGGAAUCUUGAUGGACAUGAUACUCCAGACUCCUGUGGGCGCUCCCGCAUUAAACCCUUUGGGAUCAUGACACCUCCGAGUUUCAGGAUGAGAGAUGGGUUCAUGGCCUUCAGUACCCCAACAGACAGCACUGCCCACAACCUAAUGCACGGUCAGAUGAAAAGCCCAGGGAAACCACGGAAACCUCGCACUCCAAAAGAUUCUCAAACUCCAGAGCAGGUACAGCGUAAGCCUAGAGGUCGAAAACCCAAAAUUAAAACAAAUGAAACUGAAAACCAGGAGGAUGGUGCCAAGCCAAAGGUCUCCAGAAAGAGGAAGAAGAAGGAAACAGCUGAAGAUGGGUCUGGAGCUCCUUCUGUGCUGAGCUUGGAAGAGCUGGAUUCUAUCUCUGCUACCAUUGAUGCAGUCCUAGCCAAUGUCUCCACUCUUUGCACUGAUAUUGAGAAACCGAAGAAGAAAAGACGCAAGAAACAGCAGCCACAAGAAGGUGUUGUGGAGGAGGGGUCUAAACCAGGGGCUGACACCACAGCCGAAACCACGGGUGAAAUUGGCGAGGACCACGAAGAUGAUGGCUCCACUACAGGAGACUCGAGUAAGCGUAGGGUUGCAUCAGAGGAGCAAGUUCAAUUUCCUCUUCAACAUGGUUGGCGGCGAGAGAUUCGAGUCAGGAAAGUAGACAAUCGUCUGAGGGGUGAGACUUGGUAUUACACGCCAUGUGGGAGAAGGAUGAAGCAGUUCCCAGAGAUAAUCAAGUACUUGAAGAAACACCAGGACAGCGUGGUGAGCAGAGAGCACUUCAGCUUUAGUCCUCGCAUGCCUGUGGGAGACUUCUAUGAAGAAAGAGAAACUUCUGAGGGUGUGAAGUGGGAGCUCUUGGCUAAUGAGGAAGUGCCCUCUACCAUCAUGGCUAUCACUGGUCGCCGUGGUCGCCCUCCAAACCCUGAUAAAGAAAAACGCAAAUCUACGGAUGGGCCACCCCGUCGUCCUGGGAGACCACCCAAACCCAAGAUGAUUGACUUCCUCAGCAAAGCUGAUGCCAAACUACUCACGCAACUUGAGGCCAAGGAAACUCUCACUGACGAGGAUAAGAAAACAAUUGCCAAAAUCAAAAAGAAGAUGAAAAGAAAGGCCAGAAUGAAGAGGAAGCAGGAUGCCAAGAUAAAAAAAAUGAAAGAAGAAAAGAAGAAAGCAAAGCUUGAACAAGAGGCCUCCGGCACUGAGGGGAAACCUGUGUCAGCACACCAAAGCUUGUGUGAGUCUGCAGAGCCAAAGAAGCGCGGGCGCAGGAGGUCUGUGAAGACUGUGGCUCCUGUGGUUCAGCUGACUGACGAGGAGAGGAUUGCACAGGGCAAAAGGGUGCUGGGGGCGCGCAGCAAAGCCAAGGCUUUGGCCAAAGCUCAGGCAGAAGCAGAGGCAGCCGCUCAGGCCGCACAGGCCGCUAAGAGGGCUGCAGAGAGGAGAGCGCUCGCUCAAAAACGCCUGGAGGAACGCAGACGGCAGCAAAUGAUUGCAGAGGAGCUGAAGAAACCAGCAGAGGACAUGUGUCUCGUUGACCACAAGCCUUUGCCAGAGUUGUCCCGCAUUCCCGGUGUGGUUCUCUCGGGCUCUUCCUUCGCUCACUGUUUGUCUGCGGUGGAAUUUCUUCAUGCCUAUGGAAAACUGUUGGGGCUGAACAUUCCUAAGGAUAUCCCCAGCCUGGCCACGCUGCAGGAGGGUCUGCUGGGGUUAGGGGACAGCCAGGGAGAGCUCCAGGACCUUUUGAUCAAGCUUCUAGAAGUAGCCCUCCAGGACCCGGGUCUGCCUUCCCAUUAUCAAUCUGUUAAGAUCCUUGGAGACAAGUUGGUGGACGUGGAGUUGACGCGCAGCACAGUGUCCGAAGUGCUGCGUAUCUUUAUAGAAGCUCACGGAUACGACCCAGAAGUCUGCGACACUUUAAGGACCAAAACAUUUCAAGCCCUGCCUCCGGACACUAAGGCUUCUAUCCUGGGCUUUGUGGUGGAUGCACUGAAUGGCAGCAACAUUGUCACUAAUGACAUUGACAAUACAUUAGAGAAUAUGUCCAACUACCGAAAGAACAAAUGGAUAAUAGAGGGGAAAUUGCGCAGACUGAAGGUGGAGCUAGCACGGCGCACAGGUCGCUCUGAGGAGGAGCUCUGUUAUGAGGACAGAAGGCGCAGUGCUCGAGUGGCAGAAGAAGAGACCUCCUGUUUAGAGCACACUGGGAGGGGCCGCCGCAAACGGCACAAGGAGGAGCCCAAAUUCAGUGAUGGUGAAAGUCCUACCAAUGCUAGUGUUCCAGAGCUUGAAAGACAAAUUGAUAAACUCACUAAGCGUCAAGUGUUUUUCCGUAAGAAGCUGCUGCAGUCGUCUCAGUCCAUGAGAGCCAUUCUUCUGGGUCAGGACCGCUUCAGGCGCAGAUACAUCGCUCUGCCCAACCUUGGCAUGGUUCUCGUGGAGGGUCCAGAAGAGAUAUUAACUUCAGAUGAAGUGCUUGUAGCUGAGGUUCCUGUGACUUUCCUCAAAAAGGAGCCCAAAAAGGAGUUAAAAACCGAAGAGACCGCAGUGCCUACCACUCCUCCCUCUGCGUCCUCUCAGCCCCAGGCCGCACAGGCCCUGUCGCCAGACGAGGAUCCCCUCCCUGGGACCGCCUCUCUCAUGAGCCAGCCCCGAGGCCGCGGGCGCCCCCGAAAGAUCAAGCCUGAGGUGGAGCUGCACCUGCGCACGGCCAAGAUCCGGCGUAGGCGCCGGAAUAGUGCUCGCUCAGGGGGAGAGGAGGGGCCAGUGUCUCCUCACAGUGACCUCACUCAGGCUGCACUGAGGCUUAGCCAGCCCCACGAUGCUCUAUCCAACGGCACCGGGGUAGAGUCUGAGGAGAGUGUGAAGGAGAUGGCCGAGAAGCAGGGCCAGUGGUUUAACCUACUGCCCAAAGAGCCCUGUGACGACAAGUCUCUGAUCAACCCUGAUACACCUGCCUCUCCUCAGUCUCCCCCCAAACUCUCCCCUCAGUCCCCUCAGUCCCCCCCAAAAUUGUCCCCUCAACUACCCCAGUGUCACCUAUCGUGUUCACCGCCACCUCCUGCCCAGUCUGAUCUCCAGAGCGAUUCUCUACCUGUACCAGACCCUGAGUCAUGUCCUCCACUGGAUUUAGCGCCGACUGAACUAGAGGCAGUAGCACCAUCUGACCCUCCCUCCUCUCCGCUUGCACCAGCCCCCAGCCCUCGUCCUGCUCCUGUCUCUGCUGCAGGUGAACUAGAGCCACACUCGGCCGCAGACUGCCCCCCUAUCCUGGAGAGCUGCCCCCCGGCUCCCCCCGCCCCAAAGACCACCUCUGCCCUCCACACUCCGGGCCGACCAGGGCGCAGGCGGCGCAGGGGCAGUAGAGGCAGCAGCCCAGCCCGAAGAGGAGCCAGAGGAGCAGCCGCACGGCGUAGAGGACGCCCCCCCACAGCUGUGUUCCAGGAGCUUGAACAACAGUACUUUACUCAGAUGGUGGUCAGGCCCAUUCCCAUAUCGAUGGUGCGCGGCUGGUGGUGGAUCAAAACCCCAGAGGAGUUGUACAGCACCUUACAGGCCCUGCACCCGCGUGGUGUCCGGGAGAGGGUGCUACACAAGCACCUUGCCAAGCACAUGGAGAGCCUGUCUGAAAUGUGCACCAGACCCACCAACGACCCACUGUUCGAUAUGAAGGUGGAGCAGAAGGACAGCCUUUUGGAGGCGCUGCAGCAGCCCUGGCUGGUCCAGGAGAGGGCCAUGGAGUCAGACCUGAGCGCCCUUAAGUGGGUGGAGGAGCUGGAGCAACGUGUAGUCACCGCUGAUCUGCAUCUUCGAGCACCUCCACAGAGUACUCUGAAUGACACUGACACUAGUGGAGACACACCAGUACCAGAGUUUCAGCCCUACACAGUUCCAGAGCCGGACUCGACUCGGGACGACCUGCAGUAUUACGAGCACGACGCUGACCCGAAGGAUGACUGGACGAUCCGCACAAAGAAGGAGUGGUCUGGGCUUCCCCGGAUUCCCACGCACCCCCUGGACCUGGCUGUGCUGCGGCUGACCAACCUCGAACGCAACAUCGAGCGACGCUACCUCAAAGAACCGCUGUGGAACCCAUCCGAAGUGAUCCGCCUUGCGCCCCUCACCCCCACCCCCGGAGAGGAGCAGCCCAUGGACGUGUUCAGUUUGGAGAAUGAGAUCACGUCUCGGUUACGCACCUGGCGUCAGGCUCUAGAUCGGUGCCGCAGUGCUCCUCAGGUCUGCCUCUGUCUGCUUCAGUUGGAGAAGGCCAUUGCCUGGGAGCGAUCGGUCACUAAAGUGAAUUGUCAAGUUUGUCGUAAAGGAGACAAUGACGACUGCCUCUUGUUGUGUGACGGCUGUGACCGCGGCUGCCACAUGUACUGUCUGCGGCCCAAAAUGACACAAGUACCAGAGGGUGACUGGUUCUGUCCGACCUGCGUAGCUAAGAAUGUGGAGUCUGAACCUAACAGCCGCUCAUGCAAAAAGCGCACACGUGUGAAGAAGAGGAGAUAUGAGGACGACAGUUCAGAGGAUGAAGCAACAGUGCGGCGGAGUGUUGGCAUGGCAACACGACACAAGGAACCAGCGCCAAACCAGGCCUCACCCCGCCCCUCCACAGAGACGGCAGGCGCUAAACGUAGACGCAUGGUGACCCGCAACCAGCCUGACCUCACAUUCUGCGAGAUCAUUCUGAUGGAGAUGGAGGCUCACGCAGAUGCCUGGCCUUUCUUGGAGCCUGUGAACCCGCGGCUGGUUCCUGGAUACCGCCGCAUCAUCAAAAACCCCAUGGACUUCCUGACCAUGAGAGAGCGGCUGCUGCAAGGAGGGUACUGCAGCUGUGAGGACUUUGCGGCAGAUGCUCAGCUUGUCUUUAAUAACUGCGAGCUCUUUAACGAGGACACGUCCGAGGUGGGAAUCGCCGGACAUUCCAUGAGGAAGUUCUUUGAAAGCCGCUGGGCGGAGUUUUACUCAAAUAAGGACAAAUAAGGACUUCCUCCACAGUGAGGCCUGCAGACUGUUGGUGCUUUUCACUCCCCUUACACUCUGCAUUAUGAUAGACUGGAGCUGUCCAGCCGCGUGUACUCGAUGUAUAGGUCUAAAUGUAUAGAUUUUGGCUUUUGUCUGUUAUUAUUGCCUGUGAUGGCCUCACUUUAAGGCCCUAAAUCUGAACUGGACUCAUUCCCCUCCACGGCUUCUCCAUGUUAUUUUAGCAUCAUGGUGCGUUUGGUCCCACUCUUUUUCACCACCGAGGGUCAAAGGUCAUCUUUGGAGAAUCGUGUUUUAACUCUGAAAAACCUCGGCAACAGACUUGACAAACCUCACAGACACUGGGCCUUGUUUUAACCUGUUCAAUGGCAAUGUAAUGUAAUGUGGUUUUAUGCAUAGAAGUCAUUUCUUUUGCUCAAUAUAUUUUUAUUAUAUAUUCUAUAUAUAAAUCUAUAUACAAAAAACAAUAGCUGGGAUUAUUUAAUAGCAAUAGCUUGUAGUGGACGUGUACAGACUACCUUUAUAGAAAUGUCUAGACAUCUUACAAAAUGGCCAGUUAAAGAAAACUGUUGUUGGACUGUCACAAGUAGAUGUUGUAACCUCUACUUAAGUCUUGUGCACAAAAACACAUGUACACUAUUUAACCACAUGCACAAAAUCACAUUCUCCCAGCUGAUAAUGUGUGAAAAACACUGUUUUUAAGUGGAGGAUGGAGAGCAGGUCUGGUCUUAGACUGAGAAGUUGGUUUAACACUUGUUGCAUCUGUACACUGCAAAAAAGAAUAUUCAUUUAUCCCUUUUUGAGAAGUUUUUUUCUAGUUUAGGUUUAUUUACUUUGUAUAUCUAGAUUUCUCAAAUCAAUUUAGCUGAUUUUAACAAAAUGUGAAUAAAAAUUAUCUGCCAGUGUAGUAAGAUUGUUUUUAUCUUUGCUCACCUUUUAUUACUGUACUUGUGAUAAUUUAGCUUAAAUAACAAAAUGUACUGAAAUCACUCAGAUGAAUUGAUUUGUACCUGUGACUUUCUAUCCUCAAUUAGUUACAAAAUCUAAACUAGUCAAAACUACUCAAAAUGUUAAGUUUUUGUAAUGAUCUUUUUUGCAGUGUAGUUUUUAAAAAUUAGACCAACUAAACAUGAAACUUGAGCUUGUUCAAUGAAGCUAAAAAAAUAACUUGACUUGUUGAAAUGGUAGGUGUUCUCCUGCCUGGUUCUGUCUUACAUUCCUUUAUUGAUUCUCUCUGUCCUUCUAUCCCUUUCUUCAUCCCUCUUUAUCUUUGCCAUUGAGAGCCUAUUGUACCUGUUGCAUGGUUGGUGUACUUCAUGACACCACCAAAAGCUCCAUAAUUUUAUUUAAAACUUUUCUUUUCCUACACUGAACGCUAUUUCACUGAUAAGAAUUGAACCUGGAUGUUCCUUGCCACAUUUAAGGGACAUAGUGAUUUUUUUUUUUUUUUUCAAAAGAGAGAAAAAAAGACAAAAACCAAAUGUGGUGUUAAGUGACUUUUUAAUAAUGUACAGUUUUGGUGACUUUAAAUUUGUUCCUUUAUAUUUUUAGGACCAAUCCAUCAUUUAUAAGAGGAGGUAUUACAAGACAAUGUUGUAUCAAGGUAAUGUAAUGUGUGCAUCUGUAGAAUGUCAUGUGAGUUGAAUAAAAACCACAAUAA